GUGAACCCGCGCACACCUCCCUCGCCCGCCCUCGACCGCCCCCGCCGCCCGCUGCCCGCCGUCUGCCGUCUCCAUGUGCCCGCGAUAGUCGUCCCAGCUGAAGCGCGGCCCGCACGCCUGAGCGCUGCACCCGCACCCGCAGCUCCAAUGUCGUACCCCGACCCCAGCCACACCCCCCACCGCAGCCAGACGCAGCCGUCGAUACCGCUGCAGGACCUCAACCGCCCGCCAGACGCCCACGGCGCAUCGGCGCAAGACCACGACCGCGAUGCGCCCGCGCACCAGCAGCACCGCCGCACCCUCAGCGACCGCGGGCGCAACCUGCUCCGCCAGACGGGCUCCAUCGCGACGGGCCAGUUCCGCUCGUCGCAGUACGCGCCCAUCGCCGAGGCCUCGCCCAGCCCGACCCAGCGCCUGCAGCUGAACACCGCCGCCGCGGGCGCACCAGGCAUCCGCACCGUCCACGACGAUGGCGUCGACUCGCCCAUUGACGCGGGCGCCUUCCAGGCCGCCAUUGGCUUCGGCAUGGACAUGAACUUCCAGGGCGACACGUCGCCGCCGCUGUCGCCCAUGGUCCGCACGCCGUCCGAGCCGCCCUACCACCGCUACAACCAGGACCCGUACGCCCAGCGCGGCCCGUCCGAGGACCACGGCUACUUCGCCUCGGUCGACAUCGACGACGACACGGCCCGGCUGACCGACGCCCGCCACCUGCAGCCCAUCAGCGGCGCCGCGCACAACACAUCGCCCGCGCAGGGCGACCGCGCCAGCUUCCAGAGCGUGCAGUUCCUCAGCCCCGGCGGUCUGUCGCCCGGCGGAUACAGCAGCGAUGCCGGCCAGGCGGAAAGUGCCGCAGGUCUGAGUCCCGCGCGAGGCAGGGCCCGCUCGCUCUCGCCUGCCGCUCUGGGAUCGCCACUGCUUCGCGCCGGAACCAUCGUCCGGAACAUGUCUCAGCGUGUGGUCAACGUCACCAAUGAUUCAGAGGUAGCUGAGCGCCAUAUCCAGAGAAAGUCCACCCUGCAUCAAUCAAAAAGACCCUCCUCCUUGACCGCACUGCCUGAAUACAUGACUGAUGGUCCCACGUCGCCAGGGCCUGCAACCCCAAUUGAGAAGCCGCCCACGCCCACCGUACGCUCCCGCAGGCCGAGUGUGCAAUGGCAGAGGGCCCCCAACCCCUUUCGAGGCAAGAGCCUGGGCAUCUUCCCGGCCGACAGCACACUGCGACUGAAGCUGAGCGACAUCCUCGUGAACCCAGUCCUUGAGCCCGUGCUGCUUCUCCUCAUCAUCGUGCAGACAGUCCUGUUGGCCGUCGAUGCGAGGCAGAAGGCCGAGUACGAUCCCGGCCGCGUAAAACAGCUCGAGGGCUUCUCGGCCAUUGACUGGGUCUUGCUGGGCCUGUUCAUUGUCUAUACCAUCGAGGCCAUUAUCCGGAUAAUCGUCUCUGGCUUUAUCAUUAACCCCGUCGAACACAGUACUAUCAACAGGCAGGUCGGCCUACGCGAAGCCGUGCUCUCCAAGGCCAAUCAGCUUUUCGGCGGACCGCAACGAAUGCCCUCGCAACGAAGAGCUGGCACCGACUCGACUCUGGGCGGCCCUUCACAGCCAUCUGUGCUUCGAAGCUUCACAACAGCACAAAUGAACCCCGAAGUUGGACCAAUGGAUUCGCGCGAGCGCCAACGUGUGCGUCUAGCGCACCGCGCCUAUCUGAGGCAUUCCUUCAAUCGAACAGACUUCGUCGCCGUGGUUUCCUUUUGGAUUGCACUACUUCUAGGGGCGUUGAAAAUCCGCAACACACGCGUCAUCCUAGUCUUCCAGAUGCUUAGUUGCUUACGCAUCAUCCGCCUCCUGAACCUCACAAGCGGUACUUCAGUCAUCUUGAGGAGUUUGAAGAAAGCUGCCCCCCUACUCCUAAACGUGGCUUUCUUGAUUGGAUUCUUCUGGCUUCUAUUCUCCAUCGUUGGUGUGCAAAGUUUCAAGUCUAGUCUGCGAAGAAACUGUGUGUGGACCGAUCCGGACGACAAUACCCAGACCUUCACUAAUUCCGGCCAAUUCUGCGGUGGCCAGUUGAACAACAGCACUGGUGUCCUUGUCCACGAAGGCUAUCGAGCUGCAGAAGGAAGACCAGCCCCCAAAAAGGGCAAGGGAUUUCUCUGCCCGAUAAAUUCAGUUUGUGUCGAAGAUGACAACCCCUACAACGGCACACAGAGUUUCGACAACGUCCUCCAGUCCCUCGAGCUAGUCUUCGUCAUCAUGUCAUCCAACACCUGGUCCGAUUUGCUCUACACGGUAUCCGAUACCGACUAUCUUGUCAGCUCCUUGUUCUUCAUCGUCGGCAUCCUGAUCCUCAGUUUAUGGCUCGUCUCACUUUUGAUCGCUGUCAUCACCUCCACAUUUCAAAUCAUCCGCGAAGAGAGCAAGACCAGUGCUUUCACGGGCGAAAAAAUCGCCGAAGAGGAUUCCGAGAAGGAGCAAGUAAAUCCGCGUGUCAGCGGCUUGAAGCGAUGGUACGACAAGACCUCUGGCAUUUGGGUCCUCAUCAUCGCCUAUGGCCUUGUUGUUCAGAUGACAAGAAGCGCCAUCAUGAGCGACCGUCGGCGACGUUUUAUCGACGGAAGUGAAACUGUCGUUACACUAGUACUACUUGCAGAAAUUCUGGUUCGAUUCAUAGUCGAUUGGAGACAUUUCUUCAGAAGCACGCGUAAUGUGACCGACUUGGUCAUCGCAAUCAUCACCGUCGUUAUCCAAUUGCCAGCCAUCAAACAAGCUCAUGACGGCCGAGCUUAUGCGUGGCUGAGCAUUUUCCAAAUCAUGCGAGUCUACCGCGUCGUUCUGGCUGUUCCCGUCACCCGAGACCUCAUCAUGGUUGUAUUCGGCAAUGUCAGCGGUUUACUCAACCUCAUCGUCUUUGUGUUCCUUCUCACCUUUCUCGCAUCCAUCUUCGCAUCCCAGCUCUUCAGAGGCGAGAUUCCCGAGACAGCGGAUGGCGAUACGAUCCGCGUGUCUUUCAAUGAUAUCUGGAAUUCAUUCAUUGGCAUGUACAUCAUCUUUUCCAGCGAGAACUGGACUGAGAUCAUGUACACUGUGACCUCGUACCAGGUAGCUUUCGGCACCGCUUGGAUAGGAGCGUCUUUCUGCAUACUCUGGUUCAUCUUCGCCAAUUUGAUCGUCUUGAACAUGUUUAUCGCUGUCAUCCAAGAAAACUUUGAUGUCUCCGAAGACGAGAAACGAUUGCAACAAGUCAAAGCCUUCCUUCAGCAGAAAGAGCAGGGACUCAACUCGUCUUACGGCAAUCUGUCUCUUUCUUCCAUUUUCAAGCUCGGCCACGCCAAUCGCAGAGAUCCACUUGACUAUGGCUCUGCCGCUGCCGAGAUGCUGCUGAAAGACGCUGUUGUUCGUGACUUUCUCGACGAGGAUGCCUCUCCAGGCGAGGAGGAGCCUCGGCCUGGCAUUCGGCCGUCCAAAACAAUUGCAGGCUCAGGUCCCGUGUCAACUUUUUGGCAGCGAAUUAAGCGUAGGACCGUACACAGAGAGGUCAAUCCUUUCUACGCCCCCCUUGACUACGGCCGCGCAUAUGAGGAAUUAGACCCCAGGAAGAUGGCCAAGGAGGUGGUUUCUGCGACAGAGCGACGGAAGAAGGCACAGCGAGAAUACUUGCGGAACCACCCAAACUACAACGUCUCUCUGUUUCUCUUCAGACCGAGAAAUCCCAUCCGUAGGCUCUGUCAGCGAGUUGUUGGGCCCGGCCGUGGCGGCGAUCGCAUAGAAGGAUUGGCUCCCUCGGUCCCGAUAUGGUACGCGUUCUCGGCAUUUGUUUACGCUGCUAUCAUCGCCAUGGUGUUGCUCGCCUGCGUCACUACGCCUCUGUACCAACGCGAAUAUUUCAUGAAGCAUGAGUUUAGCGUCAAAAACUGGUUUGUCUGGACAGACAUGGGCUUUGCCAUCUUGUUCACCUUCGAGGCUCUUGUCAAAGUCAUUGCAGACGGCUUUUGGUGGACGCCCAACGCUUACUUCCGUGGUUCAUGGGGUUUCAUUGAUGGCGUAGUGUUGCUAACUCUAUGGCUCAACAUUGCCACGUCGCUUCUGAACGAAGGGCAAGUCACAAGGACCGUUGGUGCUUUCAAGGCGCUCAGAGCGCUGCGACUCCUUAACGUCAGCGACAGUACCCGCGAUCAUUUCCACUCGCUGAUAGUCCGAGGGUGGUGGAAGCUUUUCUCGGCUGCAUUUGUCUCCCUCAGCCUGCUGAUCCCGUUCGCCAUAUAUGGACUCAAUCUCUUCGUCGGACAAUUCCAAUCCUGCAACGACGGCGACUUCGGCUCCACUAACCUCCAAGAUUGCGUCGGAGAAUACAACAGCUCACCAUACGACUGGAAUGUUCUGGCACCGCGCAAAGCUGCUAACGGCUGGUACGACUUUGACGACUUCGGGAACUCUUUGUUCAUCCUAUUCCAGAUUGUAUCGCAGGAAGGCUGGACAGACGUGUUGUUCGCAAGCAUGGCCAUUACAGGCGUCAAUAGUCAGCCUGAAGACUUCAACCGCAGGAGCAACGGCGUGUUCUUCAUCAUCUUCAAUUUGCUCGGCGCAGUCUUCGUCUUGACGCUCUUCAUUUCUGUCUUCAUGCGCAACUACACGGAACAGACUGGCGUGGCUUUCCUUACAACCGACCAACGAUCUUGGCUGGAACUACGCAAGCUGCUUCGACAAGUGUCACCAUCAAAGCGACCUUCUUCCACAAGACAGCGUGAAUCCUGGGAGGAGUGGUGUUACCGUCGAGCUGUCCGCAAGACGGGUAACUGGCAGCGUUUCAUUACUGGAAUGCUGCUGCUGCAUCUUCUCUUGCUUUGUUUGGAAUGGUACCCGGGGUAUGGAAGCUGGGAUCUUGCAAGAGACUACAUUUUUCUUGCUUUGACCUGCGUGUUCAUUGCAAAUAUGGUCAUCCGUAUCAUCGGCCUCUCCUGGCAUCGAUUCCGUAAGAGUUCCUGGGACGUGUACUCGAUCGCCUCGGUCUCCGGCACGUUUGCCACGUCCAUCCUCAUCCUCGCUAAGCGCGACGAGAGGGUCUUCAUCCAACUGCACAAACUCUUCUUAGUGUCGAUCGCUCUCAUGCUCAUUCCCCGCAACAACCAACUCGAUCAGCUCUUCAAGACUGCAGCAGCGAGUUUGGCGGCAAUCGCGAAUCUACUUGCGACGUGGUUUGUGCUGUUCCUGGUGUACUCGAUCGCACUUACACAAACUUUUGGUCUUACUCGAUUCGGCGCGAACGAGUCUGCGAACCAGAACUUCCGUACAGUACCCAAAGCUCUCAUCUUCCUGUUCACCAUGAGUAUGGGCGAGGGCUGGAAUGAGUUGAUGGAAGACUUCGCCGCUGUCGAACAGCCCUACUGUACGGAAGGAGCAAGAUACUUUGAGAGUGACUGCGGUAGCUCUGAGUGGGCCCGAGCGCUUUUCAUUAGCUGGAAUAUCCUCAGCAUGUACAUCUUCGUCAACCUGUUCGUUUCCCUGAUUUACGAGAGUUUCAGUUACGUCUAUCAGCGGAGCAGUGGACUAUCAGUCAUCAGCCGCGAGGAAAUUAGACGUUUCAAGCAAGCUUGGGCUGAGUUCGAUCCGAACGGAACGGGCUAUAUCUCGAAAGACGUCUUCCCGAGACUUCUGGGUGAACUAUCUGGCAUCUUCGAGAUGCGGAUCUAUGAUGGUGAUUUCACCGUAGGUCGACUGAUCGAAGAUUGUGCAACCACGUCCCGUCGCGCUUCUAAUCUCAACCUGGGGAACCACGACGUGGAGAUCGAUCUUGACAAGCUCAACCGCCGACUUGCGCAACUGCCGAUUCUGGAGAUCCGUCGCAGAAGGGCACGCAUGAACACCUUUUGCGAGGAGGUGCUCGUGUCAAGUGACCCGGACAGAGGCAUUCAGUUCACUUCGCUGCUCAUGAUUCUCGCUCACCACAAAGUCAUCAACGACAACAAGAGCUUGAGAUUGGAAGAAUUCCUACGGCGCAGGGCUCGCCUGCAGCGUGUGGAAGAAGCUGUCAGACGAAACGUUGUUGUUGGCUUCUUCGACACGUUGUACUGGGCUCGUCGGUUCCGUCGCGCAAUGGACCAGAAAAAGCAAGGCCGCAUGGCGACGAUGCCAACUUUCAAUGUGCCCGAAAUCUUUGUCGACGAUGAGGACAUCACCGACGCGCAGCGCGGACAGCCAUCUCGUGCCGGAAGUCCGCUCUUCUCGCCAACGGAUCUGCAUGCUGGAGACCGUCUUUCGGGAGGCAGCCUCCGCUCCAUCCCGAGCCUGGACACAUCGGUACGCAGCCGGUCAAAUUCGAUUCAAAUGACGCCUACAGGCUCGCCAACCUACGCGGGACCGCUGUCGCCGUCGUCACCACGAGCGUCGGCGUUCUCGCCCGUCGCCGAUCCCGACUGGCAUUUUGCAUCCGCUCUUUCGCUCAGUCGGCCGCCCAGUCCGCUCGAGGAGCAACUUGCGCCGACAGACACCCGCAGCAGAGCCAACAGCGCCGUCAGUGCGGCUGACGUGCUGGAGGUUCUCGAUAGCUCAGCUUGGGGCGAGAGUAUUCGCCGAAGCUUUACAACACGUCGAGCACCCGGACAAUGAUGACGCAUCUGCGUGAUGUCCAGGUGCAUAAAUAACGCUCACCAGAAAGGUCGCGAUCAGUACUGGUCACUCUACACGAAGCGCAGUAUACA